GGGCGGGACCCAGUGGGAGAGAGGCGGAGGUGGGCAGCCGAGACCCGCAGAGUUGGAGAAGGAGCAGGAGACAGCCUGGGCUGAGCCGACCGAUACAGUUGCAGGUUCCGAUCGUUGGGUACUCCCGGAGUUGCUCUCCAUCACCUGCUUCUGAACCUAUGGAUUCUCCAGCUAGCAUUUCUUCCUGUUCUUCCUACUCUCUCUCUUCCUCUUUUUCCACCUCCCCAGGGAACAGUGACUUUGGCCUCCCCUCCGAUAGUGAGGGGGAGGACAAGGCGGCCCGUGGCCCCAGGUCAGACCCUGUUGGGCAACGGGGAGGUUCUCGGCCCAGCCCCGGUCCUAUCCGGUGCAGGCAACGGCCCAAGGUUUCCAGCAACCAACAUACAGCGUCUCACUUGGAACAGCGGGGCCUGGCCUCUCCCAUGGCAGGAUCUGGGGUCAAAAGAUCAAGAGAUGGUGGAUUACAGACCAACAUGAUCAUCCAGGGUUGUACCACAGAAGGAGACCUGCUUUUUGCUCAGAAGUGUAAAGAGCUUCAAGGAUUCAUCCGCCCUCUCACAGACCUACUGAAUGGGCUGAAGAUGGGUCGAUUUGAGAGAGGAUUGAGCAGUUUCCAGCAAAGCGUGGCAAUGGAUAGAAUCCAUCGUAUUGUAGGUGUUUUGCAGAAGCCACAGAUGGGGGAACGUUACCUAGGAACCUUGCUACAGGUAGAAGGGAUGUUAAAGACUUGGUUUCCUCAUAUAGCUGCCCAGAAGUCAUCACUGGGUAAUAGCAGGCACCAGCUGACCAAGCAUUUUCCAAGCCACCACAGUUACUCAGCUGCUUCUUCUCCUGCACCUCCAAUGGAAAAGAUGGACCAGACACAGCUAGGACAUCUGCUGUUGAAACCAAAGCAGCCUUGGCACCUCACUGAAUGGCCAACCAUGCACCUCACUUGGAUCCACACCACUCCAAUUUGCAACCCCCCCCUCAGUUCCCCAGGUACCAUUUCCUUUAGCCAUGGUCCUUUAGGCACUGGAGCCAGCAUUGGUGUCAUCCUUUUUGUCCAGCACGGAGUGCAGCCCUUCACCCACUCUCCCCCAACCACUCCAGUUCCACCUGCUACAGCAUCUGCGGUCAUCCCUGGUGAUCCUAAGAAGCUCUCUGGAGAGGGACCUCAUUGCCACAGUUUGCCAGUAACUCUGCCAUAAGCCUGGAGCUGUACCCUAUCUGGUCCUGGUCUACCCACCAUGGCUAGAGAGAUGACUGUGGGACAUCUAGAGCAGAUGAGAAGCCAUCCUCCAGUUGCUCCUGAUGUCCAUUUUCUCAACCCCUAAUCCAGGACUCGAGACUGUGGUUUCUAAUUUGUGUAAAUAUAUGUCUCUCUCAUAUAUAUUUUUUACUUUUAAUGUGUGCAUUUGUGUUGAGGGAAGAGA